CUUGUAAAAGAGGUACAGUAUCUACCAUCUGCCCUCCUCCUCCGCACCAUAUUCAGAGAGGUCUCCUGCACUCGAUCCUCAAAAAUUCGAAAAUGUCCACGGUCCGCCAAAUGACCACCGACGACCUCUUCCACCUCUCUUCCACCAACCUCGACCCUCUGACGGAGACCUACAACAUCGGCUUCUACAUGGAGUACCUCACCAAAUGGCCCGACCUCUGCCAGGUCGUCGAGGGCAUAGACGGGCAGAUUGAGGGAUACAUCCUAGGCAAACUCGAAUCCUCCCCCUACCCACCCCCGACAACCCCCUACCACCCCUCCACCAACCCAGACCCAAACUACCUCCCCUGGCACGGCCACAUCACCGCCCUCACCGUGUCCCCCCGCGCCCGCCGCCUCGGCCACGCCACGCGCCUGUCCACCUCGCUCGAGCGCGCCUCGGACGCAAACGACGCCUGGUUCGUCGACCUGUUCGUUCGCGCCGAGAACACGGUCGCCCAGGAGCUGUACAGGAAAAUGGGGUAUAGUGUGUACAGGCGGGUCGUCGGGUACUAUGGCGAUGGCGAGGAUGCGCUGGAUAUGCGGAGGCCGUGUAGUAGGGAUGUGGGGAGGGGCACGGUCAGGGAGGGGGGAGAGAAGAUUUGCGUGAGGCCCGAGGAUGUGUGGUAGGCGGAGUUGUAAUUCAUCUGGAUGAGGCGGAGAAAUGGAAAGAGAUGGGUCCCUUUGGUUUUGGUGGACUGGAGGAAUGGUGCAGGGUUGGGUCGAAGGACUUGUUUGCAUUUGAAGGAGUUUAGGCCGGUGAGGUUCUGCAUUGGAAUUGCAUUUAUACCCCGUUUCAUCUUUCGCGAGGGCAGAGUAUGAUAUAUAGGCAGUCAUGAAUGAUGCCGUCAGCUUUAACACACCUUGGUUCG